AUGGAACAGCGACAAUCUAGCUCUCGCCGCUCCAGUGACGCGGGUCACUACGUCCAUUUCACGCAUCAUGGCCUCGCCGCAGGCCACGGUACCAAUACUGCGCCUAGUAGCGGACGCAACAGUAUGUACGAUUACCCUGCCACGAGCACCAACAUGUCCGGUUUUGCAACCGCGGCAGGGACAACAGCUACACCUGGUGGAGGUUCGCCAUGGUCUGGUUUUCCUCCCCAAAUCAAACGAUACGCAUUGAUGCCCACCAAGGGGAAAGAUUGGGCAAAAACCAAGAAGGACAUGCGAUGGGAUGAGAAAUUUUGUGGGCCGAAUAAGAGGGUUAGGAGGUUGUUGAUGGUUGAGUAUUGUAAAACCGAGGAGGUGGAGCCGGAUGGGAAGCGGUUUAUUAAGAUGGAGGCGAAGGCUCUGGAGUGUAGUGAUAUGGAAUCUCUUGAGACUUUGUGUAAAAUGGAAAGAGGCGAUGAUGUUAUCCUACGAGUAUUCCACGUCCAAAACUUCCCACAGGCAACCGAGUUCUUCGUCGCAAAGUAUCGAAUGCACGACAGGAAGAAUAUCGAAGGAUGGGAUAACCUGAAAGAAUGGGUGUACCAUUUCCGUCCUACCCGUCGAGCAGGGAAGGCAGUGCCUAUGGCGAAGACAUUCAAGAAACGACAAAUGCCUGGUUUGGCUAAAGUUGCUUGGGGAAUGGAUUGCCUCAAGGUCAUGAGGGUGGGCUAUAGACCCGAUGAUAAUAAAGAAAGACACCCUGAUACGAAAGUUGCAGAGUUGAAGGGGUUUUUGGAUGACGAUGAAGCGACGGAUGAAGACUCUGGAAAGCCGGGGCUGUUGAGGCCAGAAGAUCCCUGGGAGUCGGAGGAUGACGAGAGGUCGCCGUCACCGCAUUGGAUUGAUACAGACCCAAAUAAUCCUAGGCUCGCUCACCAUACGCAUGACAUUUACUCCCAACGUUUAUCGGUCUACCUUCAGUGGGUUACAAGCGAGGCUCACAAACCCCGCCCCCAUCACUCAGACGACCCAGAGCGCAAAGCAGUGGACGUCUACGAUGGUGGCUCCACCGUCAUUGUCUUUGAUAACUCUGAAUCUCUAUCGAUUGAUGACACUAUUGUCCCUGCUCACGGCGAGAUCGAAAGAAUCUGGCGUGGUCCCGGCACUAGUUACUACGAAAUAGUCACCGACGAAGAUGGACAAGAUAUCAAUGGCUCGGGGAACGAAAAAUUCUCCCGCGAUUUCGUCCAGCGUGUCGUCGAAACGAUCUACAACAGCGUGGCGGACUGCUGGGAAGCCGUGCUUGAUGUCGCCUGGGAUCAUGAAUCCAUUCUUCAGGAUAGUAUCUACGAACAUCCUGCAGAUGAAUCGCGAGCACCUGAGUUGUUUAAAAACUCGGAGACGUGGUUGAAGUUUUCGAAGUUGAUGUCGUAUCAUUUGGAAUGUAUUGGGGAUGUGCAGGAGUAUAUUGGUGAUUUUAGGGAUGAAGAUGAAUCUAACGACUCAGAUACGGCGGUGUUUACUUGGUUGAGAAGUGUGGAGCAGACAUUCCUGAGGUUGAAUGGAUACAUUGAAGAAGAUCUGAUUAAACAGACAGACAAAUUAACUGAUUUGAUGUAUAAGACGGUGGGCAUUCGAGAUUCUCAAGAUUCGCUGAGAUUGGGAACGAGUAUGUGGCGGUUGUCUUGGGUGACAUUCGUAUUCUUGCCACUUUCAUUCAUUACCAGUUUCUUCGGAAUGAACGUGGAUGCAUUUGAAGAUAACCCUCCAAUCAAGUGGUACUUCAUUGCAUCUGUGCCAUUUAUGACUCUCGUCUUAAUUUCUGUUUUCGUGCUGAAAUGGUUUAUUGACCGACACCGACGUCCAAUAUAUGAGCGUGGAGUAUACGAACGUCUAUUCAAUGACCUACAGCAACAAAAUGCAGAUCUUUGGUCUUCACACGGUCCUCGUGAGAUCAAACCCAUCGGCGUCAUUUCUCACAUCAAAUGGUGGGUACUCUACCAUUUCACAAAGGGACGAUCGAGCUUCAAAGGUACCAAUAUCGAAUACGAUUCUUUUUGGUCACGAUUCAAGCAAUAUUUGGUCUGGAGAUGGAGCCCCGAUAUCGUUUUCCAACCCCAGGACACCUGGACGGAUAAGGAAAGUGGAGAGGGUAUUUCUAGAGGCAGGCAGAAUAGUUUACAAAGACCACCACCAAGUCCUAGAGUGCUGCCUUCAGGAACGAUCGGACCGGGACCGGGACCGAAGAGAGUUUUGUCAGGACCAGGCCGCCCAGCACUCCGCCGUGGACAGAGCGUCAGCUUUUCGCAGAGGAGCGCGAGGAGCGAAAAGAGUGCUGUGAGGGUGGAGAAGUCACAGCCAUUCGAGUAUAAAGGUACUCUAACGCCGCCACCAGCGACACAUACGCCUCCACCUCCGCCACGAGGGGCGCUUGCUCCGACGGUCUCGAUAGAAAGAGCAUCAUCUUCACCGCCGCGUCAAGGUUAA